AUGUCCUACAACGACUACAACUCCGGCGGCAACUCCGGCGCCAGCGCCAACUACUAUGACCAAAACGCCGACUUCCGCGACACACGCUACAACGGACCCCCCUCCUAUUCCAACGAGAACCAACACGACGACUUCAGCAGCGCAGCCCACCACGCCUCGCAGGAGCACAGCAGUGAAGACCGAUCCUUCUUCGACAGCGCACUCUCCUUCAUCAAGGAGCGUAAGGGCGAGUAUGCCGAUACAUCCAAGUACGAAGUUGACGAGGCGCAUGCCAUGAAUGCCCACCAGGCUAUGUAUGGUGGUGGUGGUGAUGAGCGCAGUCAUGAUUCGGGGACUGUGGGUGCGGGUGCGGCGAUGCAGGCGCUUAAGAUGUUUACUGGUGGUGGUGGUUCCGGGGGUGGUUCGGAUGGGGGUAUGGAUAAGAAUAAGUUGAUGGGGUUGGCUAUGGCGCAAGCCAGUAAGCUUUGGGAUGAGAAGAAUGCUAGUGGGAAUGUGUCUGGCGAUAAGCAGUCCGCGGUUAACUCUGCUGCUGAGAUGGCGUUGAAGAUGUACAUGAAGGGUGGCAGUGGUGGUAUUGGUGGAACUGGUGGUGCUGGUGGUCUGAUGAGUUUGGCCAGCAAGUUCUUGUAA